GGAUAUAAAAGGGGCGAACCCAAGACCAGUCGUCGUCGUCCAUCGCGACCCGGCCUGACCGUCACACGUCGCCACUCAUCGCGACUUGACCAACUGACGCCGAAGGCUCUGCUGGAACGAAGACCGAUCACGCGUCGCAGCUCGGACCUCUGCUCGACAGCCCAGCACUCGAAGCCACGGACUCAGGAAAUGAAGACUAAGGAAAAUUCUCCCAGGGAAAGGCACAUCAAGAGAAACAGAAAUAUUUCUGGACGCCGAUGUGAUUUACUACAACGCAAAGGACGCCAAAAAACAUUAAGAUACUAUUAUAAGAAACAUUCAGAUGCAAUUAACAUUACAUUAUAUAAAAGGGAUAUAUUCAGAACAAAUUGUUAUUUUUGUGUGAAUCAAAAUGCAUCAAAAUUUACAGAAAACCCACAUGAUGAGGAUAAAUUAACAUCAUUAUUACAACACUUCCUUUUUCAUAUAGAAGAACGUCCAGAGCCUAACCCUAUGAACUGUUAUUUACAUAUGAUUUCAAGCCUUAUAUCAUGCUUCCUAUGUAAAGGAUGCUAUUAUAGCUACACUCUCUGUAAAGAGCUCAUAAAAAAUAACCCAGAGGAAGCACAACAAUUUCUAAUAGAAACGGCAGAUUGGUAUUACAAAAACCCAGACAUAUCAAAUUACAUCUUAGGAUCUAUAGAAUCAUGGUUUACCAGAAUUAUGUUGAAACCCAUCCUGCAAGAUCUAUUGUUUGAAUACAACGCAUACACCACAUGGUAUGAAUUUUAUAAACAUUAUUGUUGUCAAUGACUUGGCUGUGAUUUAAGCAUUUAACAUGAUAUUGUUAAAAUCAUGUUGGAUGCUUGGAUCAUAGUUAAAUCAUUAUUAAACCAUGUUACUGAUUAUUGAUACUAUUGUUAAAUUAUAAUUAUUGAGACUAGUUUUAUGUUAAAUCAUUGUUAUUAUUAUUAAUUGCCAUGAUUUGGUAAUGUUUGACAAUUAUUAAUUAUUGAUGUUAUUGUAACUAGUUCUAUACCAAGAAAUGGAUGUUAGAUGCGACGAUAUGACUUUGUAAACCCCCGUUUUGCGAACCAGCUGGAUUCCCAAAAUCAAACAGGGAAUCCUAACAGUGACAUCUUUCAUGUUGACAUCAUUUCAGGUGUCAGGAGGUGGAAUGUAGUGAACAUGUAAGCAACAAGUGGAAAUUCCCCACGCUGCAGGCUGACAGGCCAAGCUGUCAAACCCAGCUGACAGUGUCAGUGAUAGAUAAGACCAAAAGUGAAACCAAAGAGUGAAGUCAUCCCUGUAUGUAGUAGAUAGCAAUUAGGUCAUCAACCAUAUGUAGAAACCAGGUGUUAAUCGAUCGUGAGUGUGCUACCUAAGCGAUAAGAGGCCUUAAGGAUAUAAAAGGGGCGAACCCAAGACCAGUCGUCGUCGUCCAA